CCAGCCUGAAGUCAGUGACACCCCGGUGGCCUUCAGCCUGGAGCACCGAGAGGCGGAGCGAGGGCAGCGGCCCCUGAGGCGGCUGUGGCGGCGGGCAUGGCGGGCGGGCGGCUCGGCGGCGUUGUCUUUAGGCAGCAGAAAUGGAAAAGCUCUAUGUCCAUGAGGGCAAAAAUGCCUCCUUGCGACUUUGUACCUGAAAAAUACCAAUCAUAUCCAUAUGAACGUAUGCUGAAGAUUCGUGAACAAAAUAUCGCUCCUUCACUGCGAAUGUAUUACAAGAAGCCUUUGUUGCUGCAUCAAGGACAUAUGCAGUGGCUGUUUGAUUAUAAAGGACAAAGAUAUCUUGAUCUCUUUGCUGGAAUUGUUACUGUCAGCGUUGGUCACUGUCAUCCGAAGGUAACUAUGGCUGCCCAGAAACAACUUGCUCGCCUUUGGCAUACCACUAAUAUUUACAUGCAUCCAUCUAUCCAUGAAUAUGCUGAGAAGCUAACUUCAUUUCUUCCUGAUCCACUUAAGGUGGUUUAUCUAACCAACAGUGGAUCAGAAGCCAAUGAUUUGGCCAUGUUCAUGGCAAGAUUAUAUACUCGGAACUUUGAUGUCAUCUGUUUCAGAGGAGCAUACCACGGAGGCAGCCCUUAUGCUCUGGGAUUGACGUCUAUCGGUUCUUAUAAACAUGGUGUUGCCAAUGGCAUUGGCUGCUCAACAACAAUGUUGCCAGAUGUUUUUCGUGGUCCAUGGGGAGGCAGCAAUUGCAGAGAUUCACCAGUGCAAACUGUUCGAAAAUGCAAUUGUGCUGAAGGUGUAUGUCAUGCAAAUGAGCAGUACAUUGAACAGUUCAAAGAUACUCUGAACACUUCGGUGCCAAAGACAAUAGCUGGAUUUAUUGCAGAAGCAAUUCAAGGCAUUAAUGGAGCUGUUCAGUACCCAAAAGGUUUCUUAAAGGAAGCUUAUCGGCUAGUACGGGAAAGAGGAGGUGUUUGUAUUUCAGAUGAAGUACAGACGGGAUUUGGACGGACAGGCAGCCAUUUCUGGGGAUUUCAAACGCAUGAUGUAGUCCCUGACAUAAUUACUUUAGCAAAAGGAAUUGGUAAUGGCUUUCCAAUGGCAGCUGUUGUUACAACAAAAGAAAUAGCAAAUUCGUUGGCUCAAAACCUUCACUUUAAUACCUUUGGAGGAAAUCCUGUGGCCUGCGUCGUGGGAUCUGCGGUUCUUGAUGCUAUUGAAGAAGAUGGUCUUCAAAAAAACAGCAAGGAUGUGGGAACAUACAUGUUACUAGAGCUUGCUAAACUACGGGAUAAAUUUGAGAUUGUUGGAGAUGUCCGUGGCAAGGGACUCAUGAUUGGGAUAGAAAUGGUGACAGAUAAGGCCAGUCGCCACCCUCUUCCACCUGAAGAAAUCAAUCAGAUCUGGGAGGACUGUAAAGACAUGGGUGUUUUGAUCGGCAGAGGAGGACUCUACAAUCAGACAUUUAGAAUUAAACCUCCUAUGUGCAUUACUAAAAAGGAUGUUGACUUUGCUGUUGAAGUACUUCAUACUGCAUUAGAGAGACACGUGGAAAGAGCAGCUGCAAACUAGACUUGUUUUUUUGUGAGAUGCACAUCAGACCUGACCCUUGCUGUCUAAGGAGAGCACUGUCUGAAGAUGAAACACUUGUCAGCAUCACAAGGCUACUGUUACAGAGCCAGACUUAAAAGAAUGCUCUCUAACCCAUUUUAUCAAAAUACAGGUUAGUAUUUCAGUUGCCCUCAACAAGGCAGCAGGCAAUGCUAACAGCUGGGAAUGGUCAAGGCACAAUGGUUUAUUUCUGUUGCUCCUUGUUCCUUACUCUUCCACUGAUGCUUUUCUCUCACUGGUUUUCUAUGCUCCAGCAGUUCUCUAGCAGGCUGCAGUCCCCUUGGGUGCGGUUAUAGGAGGUUAUUUGUUUGUUCCAGCCUUGUUCCUGUAUCUUCUUUGUUGCCAUUUCUUACCUACAUUUUCAACACAGGCAAUACAAAGUCCUGCUUGACCUAACAUUGGUGUGUGGUAGGACUGCUGCAAAGCCAGCUGUGACCAAUACAGGGUAGUCCCUCACCCCUUCCUCAGUGGUCACCUCUGCAGCUACCAGAACUUCGCCUUUUACACCCAAUAAGCAGGAGCGUACAUAAAAACCAAUCCUUCAUCAUUGUUUUAUUUUACUUAAAUAACAAAAAUAAUCAACUCAAAGGAUAAUAUUGCAGUUUAAGUCUUACCCCACCAUGUGAGAUUUCACACAAAGUCACUCUUGGGCUAGGAAGCAUUCUGAGCAGAACGUAAGUGUGGGUCUCAAACAGAGCUAAAAGGGUUUACUUUUAUCAUGGUCAUACAGUGUAAUUAGAGCAUUAAAAACUCUGUGCACACAAUUUGAAACUUUCUAAUUAUGGUCAUUAUUUUUUAUGUCAAAUCCAGUCAUCAUCCUCCCAAAAUAUAUCUAUAUACAUAUGUAUUAUAGAUAUAUAGAUAUAUUUUGCAUAUAUAGAUAUAUUUUGCUUUUCUUCCUGCUGCUUUUUGAAUUUGAGAAAUUUAGCAAAGAUGCAAACUCUGACUGGUGGAAUAAGGUACAGCUUCUCUAACAUAAUCACUUUUGAAACAAAUUUUUGUUACCUUUUCCGCUCUCCAAUAAAAGUAAUAUUGUUGUCUUUACCAAGAAAAA